AUGGCCAUAGCAGUUGUUGCCGCUGCCGCUCUUGGCCUGGCAUUCCUGCUCUACCACCUUUGUUUUUCUCUCUUUAUAAGCCCUCUUGCAAAGAUACCGGGUCCAAAAGCGUUUGCCUUCUCAAGAUGGCGACUUGCACUGGAAGACUUCCGAGGCACACGCACACACACCAUUCACGCGCUUCAUAACAAGUACGGCCCCGUCGUGCGCCUCGGGCCUAGUGAAGUGUCAUUUAACACCACUUCCGCUCUGCGAACCAUAUAUGGAGCUGGCAGCGGUUUCGAGCGGACCAGCUUCUACAACAUGUUUCAUGUCUAUGGGCGCAAGAACAUGUUUUCCUUCUUCUCCGGUCGCGAGCACUCGGAGCGUAAGAAGAUGUUUGCCAGUGCCUACGCUAAAUCGGCCAUGCUCAAAGGAGCCAACGCAGCCAUAGUCGAAGCCAAGGUCCGCCAUUAUCUGGAUCUGAUUGCACGACAGCAAGGCUCGAGCGAGAUAUUUGCCUCACUGCACUACUUUUCUUUGGACGCCAUCACCGACUUCUUGUACGGGAAAUACGGGAAGACGUCCUGCUUGGAAGGCUCCAAAGCCGACUGCGCAUUAGUCGAUGAUAUAGUGGACGUUGCGCGUCGCAGACUUUCCUGGUUCGUCAUCCACCUACCACGCUUCACGACAUGGCUGUAUUCUAGAACCGGUCUCUUCGAGAGGGUUGCCCGCUGUUUCUACCCGAUGCAGCUGCCAACCACGUACACAGGCAUCCGUCGCCACGCUAUGGUCGCAUGCCAGGAAUUUGCACGUAGCUCAGCUGCCUACGACCCCUCUAAGAGCGUAGAGCAUAUGCCUCCAUUGAUCGCGAAGCUGUGGAGGCAUCAUCGCUCCCGACAGCCUGGUGGGCUGGACGACAUUGAUAUUGCUUCCGAGUGCGCCGACCACCUCCUCGCUGGUAUAGAUACCACCAGUGACACUCUGAUGUUCCUCAUCUGGUCGCUCUCCCGGCCCGAGAGCUGCAAGUUCCAGCAGAAACUGAUCGAAGAGGUCCGCAGCAUAUCCCAGGAAGGCCUCAACCCAUAUGGCAUUCCAACCGUCGAGACCAGUGACAAACUUCCUUAUGUGAAUGCUGUCAUCAAAGAAACUCUGCGAUUGUAUGCUCCCUUACCAGCCUCUGAGCCACGGGAAGCUCCUACAGCCACCGUGAUUGAUGGCCAUCAUAUCCCAGCAGGAACUACAGUAUCCAUCUCGCCGUAUAUCCUACAUCGGAACCCAAAAGUCUUCCCGAAUCCGAUGCAGUUCAACCCCGAUCGUUGGAUGGAUCCCUCCCUGAACAUUGCCGAGAUGAACAGGUGGUUCUGGGCAUUUUCCAGCGGAAGUAGAAUGUGUAUCGGUCUCCACCUUGCAAUGGCGGAAAUGACCACGUUAGUGGCCGCUGUAUAUCGCAAAUACACCACCACUACCGUUGGUAAUUUUGAUACAAUUUCUCCCGGUAUCACAAGCCGCUAUGAACUGUUUUACGAUGAAGGAUGCAGCGGCGUAAAGGAACACGAAUGCCAAAUCCGAUUCGACACGCUGGCCGCAUGA